ACGCUGUCACCAUAACAGGGCUCAGCCAUGGCUAGCAUCCUCUACCACGGAGAAUAUCACAACUGCACCGACGUGGAUCGCCUGAUGAAACGCUAUUACCUGCCCGUGUCCUACAGCGUCAUCUUCGUCGUGGGCCUGGUGGGCAACGUGACCUCCAUCGGCAUUUACCUGACGCAGCUGCGUCCCUGGAAGAGCAGCAGCAUCAUCAUGGUGAACCUGGCGCUGACCGACCUCCUCUACGUCCUCAGCAUGCCCUUCCUGGUCUACUACUACAGCAACGGGGACUCGUGGAUGCUCGGCGACUUCAUGUGCCGCUUUGUGCGCUUUGGGUUUCAUUUCAACCUGUAUGGGAGCAUCCUCUUCCUGACGUGUCUCGCCAUUUUCCGCUACGUGGUCGUGGUCAAGCCGUGGCUGGCAGCACAGGUGCAGCGGAAGUUUUGGGGCGUGAUGGCGUGCUCGGCCGUCUGGAUCAUCACGGCUGCCGAAAUCACCCCAAUGUUGACGAUGAUAUCCUUGGACGAGCGCGACAACAAGACCUACUGCUUGGACUUUGCGAGCACCAUAGCCAUGGAUGACAUGCGGUGGUACGGCUGGGUGCUCACCGCACUCGGAUUUCUACUCCCGCUUGCGGUGGUCUCCAUGUGCUACAUGGGGAUAGUGAAGCAGUUAGCUAAGGGGCCCUCCACAACCAGUCCAUGUCGGAUGCGAGCGCGACGCGUGACCGUGCUGAUCCUGGUGGUGUUCGUGGUGUGCUUCCUGCCCUAUCACAUCUUGCGCGUGUUGCGGGUAGAAACUCGAAGGAAGCACGUGGCGCCGUGCAUGGUGGAGCGCAUCGUGCACGCGGCCUACAUCAUCUCCAGGCCUCUGGCUGGACUCAACACAUUCUUUAACCUGGCUCUGUACACUCUGUCCGGUGACAAGUUCAGGAGGGCCUUCCGCAACACCUUUUACCGGGAAUGCUGGCUGACCAAGGCCAGGUCGCUGCUCCACGUGGCCAUCGUCAGCAAGGAAGGAAGCGAGACGCCUGCUGCGUGACUGAUGACCGUCAGGCACCAGAGUUUACUUUACUGUGAUUUGCAAACUUGCUCAGUUAAGAUGUCAGGAAAGCUGCGGUGAGACACUUUUGUUUUGUCUAGCCGAAACUGUGUGCCAACGCCUGAAAUGCAAAUACACAUGACUAAAGUUUAAUCUGUAAGAAGUGCGUGUUAAGUCAGACCUUUGUCCACACCAUUUCCUGAUCGUCUGGAAAACACGUGAGCUCAUUUACCUGACAAACAGUGUCAAGGACUCUUGUUUGCAGCCAAUAAUUCAGCCUUGGUUAAGGUUUCAGUUUGUAGUCCUUGAACUUGGCUGCCUUUUUCCUGUAAACUUUGGUGUUCCUGAAACAUUUAGCCGUCUGAUUACACUGAGAUAAGGUGGUGCACACAUAUCCCCCCUUCUCAGGAAGUAUGGUAAUAAUAUGUCAAUUAUGCAUCAGGUAAUAAUGACAGUAUAUCUCAUCAGGCUAUAUAAUACAUAUAUAAAAGAUGACAGCCCAUCUGUGGUAUUUAGUUUUUAAUGCUAAUGUGCAUACUUGACAUGCUCACACACUAAAUUAAGUUGACGAUAAUCUAUUAAAUGGCAUAGCUGGAUCUCCAGUUAAUUUACUGUAUGUAUUAUAAAUUACACCUGUAUAUUAUAUGUUGGCUAUAAUACACCUGUGAAUAGCUAACCUGUUGUAACUGUGAACUUAAAAGAUGUUCAGUGCUUUAAAAAGCAUUUCAAAUAACACUACUAUAGUUUUAGUUCUACUGUACUACUUUAUAUUUGAUAAACUCGUCAUUGGCAAGCUAGUAUGAAUGUGGUUGAGACUUGGUUGUUGCUAGCUUGCUAGCACCACUACAUGUUUCUUCAGUAUUGGCAAGCUAAAAUUAACACUGAGAGGUUGAGACGUGUAUAAUAUUGCAGCUGGCUGGCUUACAUUAGCCUAGCAUUAGCUUCACCUUAUUUUGUCUGCUCCAGAAAUGAUAUAAAGGUGUCAUUUGGAUUGUUCUGUUCAUUAUUGUAAUUCUGUAUUUUGCAAAUUAUAUUUAUUAUGGAGUGGUGAAUAAUAAACCAAAAGUUUUGAU